AUGUUGCAGCGACAAGGAUCCGGGCCUGCUGCUGGCAACAACAAGACCUCUGGGGGAAAAGAAGAGUCCAAGGGAGAGAUCCCAGAGGAUUUUGACAUUGAUAUGGAGGCCCCAGAGACCGAAAAGGCAGCGGUCACCAUCCAGUCCCAGUUCAGGAAGUUCCAGAAGAAGAAGCGUGAUGAGAAGUCCUAGUGAGCGUUAACGUCGAUCUGUCGCCAUGUGGAAGCGAUGUGGCACUUUGACGCUGGUGUGACAUUUGCAUGUAAACAAAUUCAUACCUGUUGAAACUGAAGGGGUUGUGAAAGGCUUGGGUGGGGAAGGGAAUGCUAUAGCCUGUUAAUCUUAUGACUAUGUCUGUGAAUUCUCAUUACCCUGUCAUUAUAAUUGCUAUAAUUUAUUAUUUUGACUGCUGUAUCAAUAGAUACGAGAAAAAAGUUAGACUUGGGUUUCUGUCCUGCCAAUCAUGUUCCAUAUAUGAUACGUUCUCUAUGUUUUUGUACUUAUCCUGGUAGUCUUACCUAUGCUAGUCCUUCCUGUUCUGUACCCAGGACUGUUUCCUGAGCUGAUGCUAAAGCUUGCUCUUAGGAAAUCUGCCCAGGAGCUUUUUGUUUCACCCUGAAACAUUUUUCUUAUCCGCAUGGUUCUGUCAAAGUUCUGUGUCAGUGUACAUUGAAUAAAUAAAACCUGUGUGAAAAAUG